AGUAGUGGCCUUUGAGUCAAUAGACGAGCCACAGCUCUUGUCGUUGGUGGCAGUUGUAGGCGAAAUUCACAUGUUAUGCAUAUGCCGCCUUCAUAUUCCCCUUCCGAACUCUUUACAUGCCCAUCGCAUCACUCAUUCAAUCUUUUCCUUAAUUACCAUUUUCGGUAAAGAAUCUACAGCUCUACUUCAUCAUCUAAUCUAUCCUCUCUGUAAGGUUUCAACAACCCUUUUUUCUGCUUCUCUGCCCAAGUUUUGAUUUUGAUAACAGCAUGCGCUACUGCAUAUCCAAGUUUGUUAAAUGGCAUCCGGCUCUGAGGAAUUUCAGCUCCUGAUCAAACUUCAUUUCAGGCGAACAGCACCGUUAUGCCUCACAUUCUGCAAAAUAGCAAUGAUGGAAUAACUUCAACAAGUGACAAUAAUGAUGUUACCUCUUCAAAGAUGUACGAUCCUACAUGUGAAAAGUUUCCUGCGGACGAACCUGUUUCCAACAUGCUCGUUGAUUCAUUUGGGAGGCGGCAUACUUAUCUGAGAAUCUCAUUGACAGAGCGUUGUAAUUUGCGAUGCCUGUACUGUAUGCCUGCUGAAGGCACGGAGCUCACUCCGAGCCCGCAACUUCUUUCACAGAACGAGAUUGUUCGCCUAGCAAAUUUAUUUGUCAGUUCAGGUGUUAAUAAAAUCCGUCUGACGGGUGGGGAGCCCACGGUUAGGAAGGACAUUGAUGAUAUUUGCCUACAGCUCUCACACCUGAAAGGGCUAAAAACACUUGCCAUGACUACUAACGGAAUCACCCUGGCGAAUAAACUUCCAAGAUUAAAGGAAUGCGGGCUUACUUUGCUAAACAUAAGUUUAGACACAUUGGUUCCAGCAAAGUUUGAAUUUAUGACUCGGCGGAGAGGACAUGAAAGAGUGUUGAAAUCCAUCGAUGCUGCUAUAGAGUUGGGAUAUAGUCCUGUCAAAGUAAACUGUGUUGUAAUGCGUGGAUUCAACGAUGAUGAAAUAUGUGAUUUUGUUGAAUUGAUGCGUGAAAAGCCAAUAAACGUAAGGUUUAUUGAGUUCAUGCCUUUUGAUGGGAAUGUCUGGAAUUCAAAAAAACUGGUACCUUACUCUGAGAUGAUGGAUAUUGUGGUAAGGUCAGGCAAAGUACUCCAGAGAAUUCAGGAUCACCCCACUGAGACAGCCAAGAAUUUCAGGAUUGAUGGACAUCAGGGUACAGUUUCUUUCAUUACAUCGAUGACUGAGCAUUUUUGUGCCGGUUGCAACAGGCUGAGACUUUUAGCUGACGGGAACUUUAAAGUUUGCCUCUUUGGUCCGUCGGAGGUUAGCUUGAGGGACCCCCUGCGGAAUGGUGCUGAUGAUACUGAACUUGAGGCUAUUAUUGAAGCAGCGAUAAAAAGAAAGAAAGCAGCUCAUGCUGGGAUGUUCGACCUUGCAAAGACUCCAAACAGACCAAUGAUACAUAUUGGCGGCUAGAAAUCAUCAGGCCAUGUGCAUUAUUCUGUGCUCCAUAACAUGUAAGUGCUCCUUCAAUAUUCGAAUCAACUCAUAAUGUUUAGUUUCUAUAGCUUCAAAUAGUGUGGUUUAAACUCAAGAACAUUGCUGAGUAGGCAUGUAAGACAUCGCGACAAUGAUUCUAUAGAUCAGGGGAUGAGUUUAAAACUCAUUAAAUUCAGUCGUAGGACUAUCAAAUGUGCUUGAGAAAUUUAUAUUAGCUUCUUGAUUCUGCUCAUCGGUUUAUAUUAGCUUCUUGAUUCUGCUCAUCUUUAGUUAUGCAUGUUGCACAUUGAUACAUCCAUAUGUGAUGCUUCUGGGAAAUAUCCCAAGUGAGUCACAAGCUGUUGAAAGGAGUUGUUAAUGGAGGGAUUCAGAGGGCAAAAUUUAUCUCAAGUGCAAAUGAUGGUUACGGCAUGAGUCUUUCAGCCUUAUGAAGCAUAUACCCAAGCUGUUGUAAGCUAGAGAUUAUCAUCAAAACCGUUGCAGGCUAGAGAUUAUCAUCAAAACCCUAUGUGUAAGCCGAGCAAGAUUUCAACAUGCAAGCUAACAAACCCCUCCCCAUCAAAUGACACAGAACAAAUGUUGCAAUAGAGCCAACAAUCAGGUACUAUAAAGGGACUCGUCGACAGCUCACAUACAAAAAAAUUGUGUGUUUUUCCAAGAAACAUCAAGAUUAUAUUAAAAGAGUCAAAACUUAUAUAGAAGCUUACUGAAACUGAUGGUUCAUGACCAAUACGCAAUUGUUCUUAAACAUAGUAAACGAUCAAUAUAGAUCAUAGAUGAGCACCUAUAAUAGUGAUUUAACUA